AUGGACGUCGCCGAGGCUGAAGAGGCGGCGAGGGGCACGGAGGACGCGAGGAGACAGACGGGGCCACCGGACACGGCGGCGCUUACCGGCGGUGACGCCCCGAAAGGGGUUGUGCCGGGGGGCCUACAAGCUGUAGGUGACUCGUCAGGGUCACCGGGGAACGAUCCGCUGACACAGGUCCUGCCUGCAGCUUCGUCAGGAGGAGGCACCGGGGAAGGUGUCGUCCCAGCGCUGCAAAGAGCGGCGGUUGACUCGGCUGCGUCAACCGAGACGCCUGGGACAGCGACGGACAGUGACCCAGCUGCCAAGGUCGGCGACGUUAAGACCUCCAAGGAGCCACCGCCAGAAAAGAGUGGCGUCCCCAUGCCUACCAAUGCCGUCGCGGCGUCAAAGCGCCCCCACCCCCAGGCCAGCAACGACGGCAGCCAACCGGCUGCCCCUGGCGUCGAGGAGCCCCCUGCCAAGACAGCCCAAGUACGGCGGUCGUCUCUGCGACCGCGCCCGAACGUUUCAUCCGACAAGCGCGGCGGCAACGCCGAGCCUGGCGGGCAAGCUCCAGCGAUUGCGCCGGAUGGCAAUGCCGGCGACGGCACCGUCUAG